AGAUUGAAAGUCACAAUGACGACAUCUCAUUACUACAUCCUGCCUAAUGUGCCACUUAAUUACAUGCUGUGGCGUUAUUGUGACGUCACACACAGAGAUAAAGAUCGGGCGUAUCGUGGUAGAACUUCAGUUGAAGCUGUCAGCUCGCAGUCUCACACACUAGAGAUGAAAACGCUGUUGAUAUCACUGUCCAUUGUGCUGGUCCUGCUCCACACGUCCGAGGCCUACUCGUACUCCUACGGGUUCGCGCCAGGAAAGAAAAGAGCCGCCUUGCUCGGAGAGAAGAUCCGAAGUCUGCUACAUAAACACAGAAACCAGUACAGUCCCGAGGGAACGACCACACAGUCUAUGGAUGAUGAGACACCACGGGGCCCAUCGACGUAUCCCUUCCUCGUGAACGAAGCGGAACCCAAGGGCCAGGACACGUGGUACUCCGAGCCAAUGUGGGGAGCAUCUCGUGGAGCCACGCGAGACUACAACCCUGCCUUGCGCAGCUGGAUUUCUGACAGAAGGAAGUGAGUCAGAAGAGCAGCCAUGUGAACACGGCUCGGGCAAUAAUCAUUUGCUAAUGCCCCAGAUUUAAUGGGAAUUGACGUCCUUGUUCUUAGUUAACACAGUAUUUUCCUUUGACGUCCAUCGACAUAAUUGAAAAAGUAAGGCAAUCACACGUAUUUAUUAGGUAGUUGGAAGAUUGUAUUGAGAAGGGUAGGACACAACAGAAGCACAUAUUUUAUGACAGGUUUCGGUUUAUGUGAGGACAUCACGCCUGUCCCAUCUAAUGUUGUCAAAACUAUUCUCAGUGGAUGGAUGAUAGAUCUAUGAAAUAAAGCAUAAUUUGACCUAAUCUAG